UUCAAUCUUAGAUUUCAUUAAAUCCGUUCACAGUCCCUCUGUUCGUACCUGCUAUCCCUUGGUUUCAAAUGGCCCUGGCUCCUUCCGCGAACAUUCCAUCUCUCUCUCUCUCUCUCUCUCUCUCUCUCUCUCUCUCUCUCACUAAUUUAAAAACCCUUACUCUCUCUCAACACCGUCACUCCCCAACUGAGAUCGCAGCCACCACUCUUCCCAAGAACACAACACGACCCUUUUCUUCCUUGUCCGUUUGAGUAAAUUUGAACACCGGAGCCUUUCAUAAAACUCCAAAUUCUUGACCACUUUCGUUGGUAAACAUACAUAUUCAUUCGAUGGCCGCUCACGAGAGCACGAUGAGCGCAGUCGACUUCGAGGACUACUUCCCCUCGAUGAUCGUGAGGCUUGGGGCCGAGGGCUUCAUCGGCGAGCUCUGCAACGGGUUCCAGCUCCUGAUGGACUGCGAGAAGGGGCUGAUCACGUUCGAGAGCCUGAAGAGGAACAGCUUCCUGCUAGGGUUACAGGACAUGGGCGACGAGGAGUUCGUGUGCAUGCUGCGAGAGGGCGAUCUGGACGGGGAUGGCAAUCUGAACCAGCUGGAGUUUUGCAUCCUUAUGUUCAGAUUGAGCCCUGGGCUGAUGGACGGGUCCAAGCAGUGGGUGCAAGCUGAGGUAGAUAACGUCAUGAUUUGAGUAAUAAAAAUAAGGCACCGUUUGUUUCGUGAAGCAUGAAUUUUUUGAAAAAUAUUUUUUUUAAAAUAAUCACAAAUAUCACUUACACAAAUACCUAAAUGAAAAAUAUUUUCAUCGUCCAUAAAUAUAUUUAUAUUUAAAUUAUUAUCGAUAAUGAAAAUAUUUUUCACCAAUUAAUUAUUUCAAGUGAUACAUGUGAGAUCAUUUUUAGAAAAAUAUUUUCUAAAUUGUUCAUUUUUCAUGAAACAAACGGAUUUAAUAUCGAUAAUGAUGUAGUAGUCUUUCCUUAUUGCUUUUUGUCAAACUUGCUGCCAAUAAAAUUGGCAAUUCCUGUAGUGAUAUCAAAUGAGAAAAGAAGGAUAAGACCUGAUCCUAUAUUUUCGGACUUAGAUUUUAGCAUGGGAAAUCUUGGACUUCGUUAAUUCUAUGCCUCUUUCGCAGACCGAAAGUGUAUGUGUAUAUUUUGAUUUUGGAAUAUUUGAUUUUCGAUUGAUGAUAGAACUAGAAUUAUGGGGUA